AUGGUCAAGUCGAGCGACGUCAGCGUUGGCAACAAGGGCAGCAAGGGCAGCAAAGGCAGCGAAGUACUCUCGUGGCGGGUGCUGUCUUUCGGCCGCCGGUCACUCGGUCAGUCCAGUCGCUCUGUCGGAAGAGUGCACUCCAGUUUUAGUCUCCACACGAGGUUGGCCAGCGUCGUCGCCGAAGACCGACAGGACGCGUUUGACCCCAAUGCGACGCUGGUGAAAGUCUGGGAGCAGGUGCUGCUUCUCUGUCUGGUUCACCAGUCCUUCCUACUGCCGUAUUUUUUGGCGUUCCAGUCCGCGGAUAUGGAGACGGUCUCCGUGUUGUAUGUUAUUGUUGUUGUACACGAACUCAUGUUCGCCGUGGACUUGUACGUUCAAGCACACACUGGCUACUACUCGGAUGGCAACCUCAUCCGAGACACGAAGCGCACGAGGAGAAAAUAUGUGCGCUCGCGUCAGUUUGUGCUUGACGUCGUUGCCGUCAUGCCCACCCAGGUCCUUGUUGCCUGGUAUCCAGAGAUUGUGGUGGAGCUGCUACUCGUCAAGCUACUUCGAUGGUCAAGACUGCCACACCUCGUGUCAAAUCUGGACGAGCUCUAUGCCAAGCAUUUCGUCGUGCUUAAGCUACUCAAGGUUCUCGCGUCCACGGUAUACCUGGCACAUGUUCUAGCGUGCAUUCGGUACAGCUUCGGAGACGACGAUACUCACACCAACAGUUGGCUGCCGGAUAGCUCGAAGCACGGCAACUCCUUGAACAGGCAUUACUUGAUGUCGUUGUUUUGGAGUGUAGGCCUCAUGACGGGACUUUUCGAGGGGCAAUUGCCUCAGCACGUGACCGAGUUCCUGUUCACGAUCCUGGUCGCGCUCUGUGGGUUUUCAAUGUUCACGACGCUGUGUGCAACAAUCUUCGUCAUUUCCAAGUGUGAGAGCGAUAAUGCGGAAGCUAUGGGGGCACGAAUAAACCAAUUGGUGCAUGUACUUUCGUUCCACCGUGUACCAGAGAAACAACAAGCCAAGGCGGUUGAGUACCUGAAACGCUACUACACGGACACGGAGUCAACAGAUCGAGAGACUUCCAAGCUGCUGUGUCCAUCCAUUGCGAACGACAUCCAGGUGGAGCUGUUGAAGUCGACCAUCGCUCAGAUAUCGUUCUUUGGAGGUUGCAGCGACCAAUUUAUCGUGGCUCUGACGAGCUUGCUGGAACUGAUUGCCGUCCCUGCCCAGACGACUUUGUUUUCAGCUGGAGAUUAUGGAGACGCCAUGUACGUUGUCCAUUCCGGAGUACUUACGAUUGUCGUCAACUUCGUGGCGGUGCGGGAGAUUCGAAAGGGUUCAUGCUUCGGCGAAAUCUCGGUAUUUUCUUCGAUGCCACGCACAGCCACAGUGGUCUCCACAACGUAUGCGAUUUUGUACAGAUUGUCGCGUUUCCACUGCGAGCGAGUGCUCGAAGGGUAUCCCGAUUGCGCGGCGUCAAUCGCCUCUCACGUUGAUGCAAUACUCCACCAGCUGACCAAUGUCGAGAAUGACGCCGGCAGUAAAUUACUACCGCCAGCUGCUGCCGUUCCGACAGACAACCAAAAGCGGACGUUGCUACGAAAUGCUUCUGUUGCAGCAGGAGCCGUGGCGGGGGCGUCGGCGCUUGUGAGGGUGCUAACGAGGAAGGGCAGCGACAUCUUUUUGUCUCCACGAAAGUCGCUCUCACGGCGGCAAUCGAAAAAAAAUGUCGUGGGACCAGCACCGCAGGACUUCCUACAGUCGCAAUCGAGCUUAAAAAGCAACACGAGCGCGCAAGCUUUUCGAGACACAGGGCAUUCAACUCCAAGCGAAGAUCCAGUGUUGGCGUCCGGACACAGAGUUAGCAGCGGCCGGGUACAUCGCGGAUUUUGGCGGUUCGUGCUGCUUCGAAAGUGCAUCGACCACCAUUCGCGCGUACGCAAGUGGUGGCUGUUGAUGCUUUUGGUAAAUCUCUGUUACUGCUGGAUCAUGGUCCCCGUUCAAGUAUUCUUCCCGCUGUGGCAGCAACCUUCCUGGGUGACGCUGACAGCCGACAAUAUCUCCAACGUUGGAUUAUUGCUGGAUCUCCUAUUAAACUUGAAUUUGUCGUUCACGGUGAACUCGGAGAAAAUCACGGACCCGAAGCAAAGUGCGCAGCGGUAUUUGAGCGAUGGAUUCUUGUUCGAUUUACUGUGCGCGUUCCCCUACGAGUACUUCAACAUGGCGGGGUAUGGGCUGAUGCGGCUUCCACGGCUUCUGCGCGUGCUUCGAUUGAACGACCAAUUCAGUGAGAUCGAGUACUUCAUCUCUCUGAAUGGGAAGCGGCAGCUGAUACUCCUCGGGUUGCUAUUAUUCAUGAUGGUCCACGUCGUUGCAUGCGUUUACUUUGGAAUCUCCUACUUCGAGGGGUUCGAUCCCAACGAAGAUGAAGCUUGGGUAUGUCCUACCAGCCUCUGCCUGCGACGCCUGAACGCAACUCACCUUGAGAACUGCAACGGAACUGUUUUCGACGUUAAGUUGGAUCGAAGGACGUUGCAGGACAUCACGGCCAUGGAGUAUUCCCGCUCACUCUAUUAUGCGAUCGGAGUGCUCGCGUCACCUGGCAAAAGUGUCGAGCCCACAAGCAAUGCACAGCUGAUUGCUGCGCUGAUUCUCAUGUUGGGCGGGUUCUUGGUCUCGGCUGUCGUCGUGGACAAUGUUCAGAAGCGUUUCACCGCAUCUGCGUUUGAGCAGAAGAAGUUCUUCGAGGCAAGCACCCGUAUCCAGCGCUUUCUGCGCCGACAAAAAGCUCCGCUGACUAUCCACCACCGGGUCAAGUCGUUCUUGGACUUUUGGUGGUCCUCCCAUCGUGGCGCAGUCAUCAAUGAGUUACUUGCUGAUCUCCCGCGGUCCAUCCGACUCGAGUUGCUGAGAUGUAUUUGCAAGCCAGUACUGCAAACGCUAGCUCUGUUGCAGGGCGUACACCCAGUACGGGACAAGCUUGAAGAAAUCCUGGUUGAAAACGCUAGAUUCGUCUUGUAUGGACAAGGUGAGACUGUGUAUCGCCACGGCGACUACGCCACAGGAUUGUUUUUCCUUCUUGAAGGAAAGGUGUGUGUAGUGCAGAUGGGAGGUUCGCCUUGUGAGAUAUCUCGCGGGGGCUUUUUCGGCGCCGCAGCACUCAUGCAUCAGGAACGUGGAGAGGGUUACACAGAACACGUGAGUGCCAACAGCGGCUGCGUUCUGCUUUUUGUAUCGCGGGAUCAAUUACAAGCGAUGGAAACGAUUUACCCGGUGUUCAAGGCGGAGCUGUUGGCUCUGGAUCAGAGAUUGCUCCGAAACAAGGUGGCGAGUAUGAGUACAGUCACCGAUCAUGAGAUACAAAGCGACAAUACGCACACGCCAUGGCUACACAAGGUGAUCACUGGGCUGAAAAGUACUUUCAAUACGAUAUAUGAUCCGGACUCGUUCUUCAUUUUGGCGUGGGAAACCUGGGUGUUUGUGGUAAUGACGGUGCAAUGGGCAUUGGUGAUGUUUGAGGCUUGUUUUCCUUUGAACGGAAAGCACUGGAUGGCCGACGCGCUGAUGGUUUUCCUGGAGAUUUCGUUUGUAGUCGACAUGGGCAUCCGAUCGCGUCUAGGAUUUCACGAGUACGGGAAUAAAACGAUGGAUCUGGAGCGAAUUCAACGCCAAUACUUCAGAUCGGGGGCCUUUGCGCUGGACAUUGUGGCACUUGUGCCCCUCUAUAUCGUAAAUUGGAACGUACCAGAAAAGAAGCGAUGGGGUUUGUUGAACGUCAACAAGUUGCUGCGAUUAUUCAAGGUCCCUACUCAACUGUACGCACUGGAAGAGCGAUAUUUGAAGCGCACGACGGAGCUUCGUGUGUUUAAGCUGCUCUACUACACAUUUAUGUUGUCGCACAUCCUGGGGUGCAUCUGGUUUAACUUCGCGUCCAACGAAGCAGCCCCGAAUUAUUCCAGGGAGAAAAAGACUGCGUUCGGAGAAGACUCGUGGUUACCGUCUAAGGACUUGGAGGAGGGGCCUCAUGUACUUCAGUACUUCGCUUCUCUAUACUGGUCGUUCGGCCUCAUGUCAUCGUCAGGAUCGUCCGAGUUCCCGAAAACAACUGCGGAGGGCAUGUUCAGCGUCGUGACCAUGACUGCGGGCUUCUUUCUGUUUGCGUACGUGAUUGGCAACUUCACCGAUAUCAUCGAGCUCACGGGAUCGGAGACCAAGGAGUUCAAUGCCAAAAUGAGUGCUGUCUGCCAAAUGCUGGACCACUUUCAGAUGCCAGGGAGUCUCCAAAAGCGCGUCAAGACGUUUUUGCUCUUCAAGAGGUUCCACACAAUUACCCAGGAGCACAUUCUCGUCAACUGCCUGCCACCUCCGUUGAUUACGGACAUUCGGUUUGUGUACCUCAUGCCAAUGAUCGAGAAAGUCGCGUUUCUUACUGGAAUGGAGAGGUCGAUUACUCGAAUGCUGGUGUCACAAUUCACACAGGUGCUGGUCUCGCGUGGCGAGUACGUUAUCAAGUAUGGGGAGAGUGGCAGUGACAUGUACUUCGUGUUCACUGGUGUUUUGAACGUUCUUCUGCCCUUGCGAAUAGCGAAUCGCAACAAAACUACGUUUAAAGAGGCGGUGGAAGCUUUGACAGUCAAGAAAAAUGGAGACGAGAAUGGCUUAUCGACUCGAGUUGGCCCAAGGAUGGAAGACAUCGUUACCAUGGCUACCAGCAAUAGUGAGAAGCACAGCGUCCACAACCAGCCAAAGAAGGUGAACGAGCUCGCAGCGGGAAGCUACUUUGGCGAGAAUGGGCUCUUCACCAAUGCCCAACGAAAUGCGUUCAUCCAGGCGCAGACUUCGUGUAUCCUGUACAAGUUAUCUCGCGAAUCGCUGGAGCUUGUGUUCGACAGGUACCCGAACUGGAAGGAAAAGGUGCUCCAGUUGGUGAGCAUCCAUCGUGAGCAAGGAAGGCUCCAACAAGUUUCGCGCGAGGUGCAAAGUCGAGGAAUGACGAUUUCCACUGGGCUGGUUGUGUCACGCUCCGAUAUCAUGAACGAGCGUGCUGAGAGCCUAAAGGAGAAGCGCUAUCACGCUCGUAGCACUAGUGCACAGAGCGGUCUCAUUUGUAUGACCUUGGUGCGUUUCCUCGACGCAUAUGCGCUCAAACCUCUCCUCAAGUUGGGGGAUGGUCUCAUUCACGGUGCUGCUGUCCAGAGUAAAUUUCAUCUUACAUGGCUACGAUUUAUGGUGGUUUGUACAGUGUACGUCGCGAUCAUGAUACCCUACGAGCUCGCCAUAGACGCUAUGAGUCGGGUCACAGUCGUGGUCACUAUAGCGAAAUUCUUCGAGUUGCUGUGCGAGAUCGCGUUUGUUGUGGACAUUUGGUUCAGCUGGCAUGUCCAAGAAUGCUCUACCUCGAUGGAGCUGUACGAUCAAAAGCUGAGCAGUGUUUACAAGAAGGAACGCAUGGUGUGGGACAUCCUUGCUGCUAUUCCGUUCUACGAUUUGGUGUCGCUGUUUAGCACUAUCAAGUGGCUCAAGUUGCUGCGCUGCAUCAAGAUUCGCAAUAUCUUGAGCUACCUCGACGAGCUAAAUCGACGUGGCGUGUCCAACGACGUUAAGCGCUUUUGGCAUGUGUGGCUGCUCUACUUGUUGAUGAUCUAUUGGACUGCCUGCGCCUAUCUGGCUGUGGCGUUGGAAUCGGGCUUCGGUACGCAAUGGGAUUCGUGGCUCCCGUCGCAGGAAUUAGACAUCUCGGACCCUCAAAAUCCGUCGGCGACCCAACUAACGCGACGAUUUCUCCGCGGACUCUUCUUCGCAACUACGAUAUUCGUCAAGAAAGGCUACAAUCCUGAUCCAGACACAGCAUCGCUGUACGCAUUCCACAUUGGUAUUUCAUUCGUAGGACUGAUCGUCAUGUCCUUCGUGAUUGGUGAGCUAGCGAGCUUGUUCAUCUCAUUCAUUGGACUGGAAGUCGGCUUUCGCAAGAACCACAUCGCUGUCGAGCUGUACCUGGCACGCUUACGCGUUAGUGAGCAGAUUCGGUCGCGAACCUAUGCGUUUAUGACGUCGUUGUGGUCUUCGCAUGCUGGCGUGAAUUAUGAGGAGCUUUUGGAGGAGAUGCCGCAGGAGAUUCGAGCUGCGUGUGUACUGCAUGUAUCCAAGAAGCCGCUAGAGUGGUUUGUCAUGAAAGUCGUGACCCCACUGUGUUGGGAAGGCGACGAGUCCAUCGACGCCCUGACGCUCUCACUGGCCGAUAGACUGCAAUUCGAGACUUAUCCUCGCGAUGAGAACGUGGUGACGGAAGGCAGCAUCGUGCGAGCCAUGUACUUUGUGAUUAAAGGCCACCUCACCAUGCGAAGCCGGUCACUUAUGCACCGUCCGCUUGGCCUUCGUGAUGGCAGCUACUUUGGAGAGCGUGGACUGCUUGGCUGCACGAUCAGCGCCUACACUGUGCGUACAGCUCGAGCCUGCGAUUUGCUUUCUCUCAGCUCCGAGGCGUUUGCACAAGUGCUGCAAAAACACUCGUUCACGCGUCUGGCGCUUAAACUCUGUGAGCGUGCCUACAAGCACCUUAAAGAGCAACACAUCACGACCUGCUCGAAGAGAGAAAUGGAGGAACACUGGGGAGCAGCGCUACUGCUUAUCCUGCAGAAGAUUAAGAGCUGUCACCUGUCUGCGGUGGAACCAGAUAGUGCUGCGAAGAACAAGGGAAUUGGCGUCUUGCCGAAAGUUAGUGAGUUAAAGACGGAGUUCACUGCUACCCCGAGUUCACCUGAACAGGAGAGCAACGAAGACAUUCCGACGGCUACAACUGAAGACACAGAAGAGACCUGCAACAUUAUCAAGGAACUAGGAGGGCUACCGGUGAACAUGGGCGAAAUGUUUGAGGCUCUGAAUACGGCCCGAACGUGUUUUGAAGCGUUUGCUCCGCUGCUUCACAUUUUGCUCGCUACCGACCCGCUGGACUGGAAAGCGAGCUUUUGGGUCUGCGCUCCGAGAGGAAUUAACCGCUCAGAGGCACAAAGUGCGUCGCUGUCGGUCGAAUCUGCAGCGAAAUCUGGUCACCACAUUCAAAGUGCGCCACUUCUGAUGAAGCAAUCGACUCUGGUGGAGAAGUAGCGUACUACUACAAAUUCGUUCUCGAGUGUGCGUCAUCUGCGAGGCUCUCCCACGUCCAGUACCAGAGCAUCAGCACAACCAUCGCGCUGACGGCCACGACGUUGCCGAAGCUUAUGCCGAGCCACAAGCCCUUGACGCCAAGGUCACACGGGAAUGCCAGGAGAACUCCAAGGGGUACGCCACAUACGUAGUGCGCCAGUCCCUUGGCAAUAGCAGCAGCCUUCUGCUUGCCUCCGCCUCGGAACACGCCUUGAAUCACCGCAUUGAGCCCGUCCAUCACUGUCAGCGGCGACCAGAUAGCCAUGACGUGGGAGGCGAGAUCUGCGCUGCUGCCUUCGUCCAGAAACAAUCGAGGGAUUUGACCGCUGAGUCCAAAGAGCAGCAGCGCGAAGAUCGA